AUGACUGGGACCAUCGAAACGCGUUUAUAUGAUGCUAUCGUUGGAGAAUCGUCUCUAAGUAAGAUUACAAAAUUGCUUGAAGACGACAUCGAUUGUAAUUUAUCACAUUUUGAUUUGACUACGUUAAAUUUUGUCUCUCCUAUUCAGUUGGCUGCUAAAAAAGCUACUUACCGAUAUGGUACACUUAAUCUUCUAUAUAAAAAGCGUAAUAGUCCAACCAAAGUACAACUUGAAAAACAUUUAACAUUUUUUUGCAAUCAUUAUCAAUUAUCGAACAACGAGGAAAAUGAAUUGUUGUUUGAAUUCACUGUUUGUCGUCUUCUUCACAAUCGUAUUAGUCGAUAUCCAGUACAAGAAAUUCAUAUUAUUAUUGCAGCCCUUUUCGAUUACGAUGAAGCCAAAUUACGUGGACAAAAUUUGAGCAUUGGAUCGACACACGAUAUGUUUCUUCAAGUGCGUAUCUACGCUCUUUUUCAAUGGAUAGUUGACAUGAAAAUCAAUGCUUCAAUGACAUCUGAAUCUGAAACAUUCUCUACUAUUGAAAGUGAACUGUUACACAAUUUAGAAGUAUACUAUCUUCUUCAUGAUAUUCUGCAAAUUCCCGUACGGAUCACUGACGACAUGAAUCGGCAACGGUUUCAGCAGAUAGAAUCAUCGCAACCAUUAUUAAUGAAAUUCUAUCGAAGUAUUGCGGAAAACGUCAUAAACAAAAUCGAGCAACUCCGACCACAACAAGAAUAUACUAUUCCAACUGGUUGGCGUUAUCAUGCUGUUUGUGUUUCAUUUCGACGAGUUGAUCAGACUCGCAUCAGUAUUCGCGUUGACAAUCCUAGUCGAUUUAAUCCGCCAGAUAUGCAUGAGAUCGAUUCUUCCACAGCAAGCACUCAUCGAAUUCGACCUAAAGUGCUGGGUCGAUUGAAUGUUGACAAUUUGAAUGAUAGUAUUACCACCUAUAUUAUUAUGUUAAUCGAUAGUGUGAAACGAGAUUUAACACCAGAUAUUGCAAUUCCUUUGAUCUAUGAUUCUAAAAAAAUAAUUAAGCAACUCGAUCGAAGACAAGAAGAAAAUGUAUUGAGUUUUGUCGAACAAGCAGCUACCAAUUGUUUUGUCAAAUGUUUUGAGCCAGGUUUACGGAUACGUUUUGGUAAACAACAGAAACUUUGCGAAAAACUAUUUCUACAGGAAAAAAACGCUGCUAAUCAACUGGUCAACCAAUGUGAAAUGGACUCUGAAUGUCGUGUCAAUGGUUCUCCGGAUCGGUUCACUCGAUUUGUUAGAUUAGAUGACUUGAACAGACUACCGUUGGCACCAAAUGCUACUCUUCAAGAGAAACUCAAAUCAAGUUAUAAACAACAUUGUCGACUACUUUCGAAUAUUAUGAAUGAAGAGUGCUCGCGUCCAUUAAUAGAAAGAUUUAUUGAUCUACGAUUCAAAGAAGAAAAUAGAAUCGUUCAACUUAGAAACCUCUUUAGUGAACCUCGCGUUCUAGUACUCGGAGAAGCCGGCUCCGGUAAGACGACAGUCUGUCAAUAUACAGCGUAUUCUUGGGCUUGUGGAAAAUUAUGGCAAAGCCGAUUCGACUGGUUGUUCUAUAUUAGAAUGCGCAAUUUAAAUUCAAAGCUCUAUCCACUACGAUCAAGCAAGUAA